UCCGGCCAUCAUUUCUUACUCGGCAGGAUGGCAGACUGCAACUUGUUCCAACUCUUAACAAAGAGUCCUUCACAACCUCAGGAGCGUGGCAAGUGGGGAAGUAAGAAGGAGUUCAUUCUGACUGUUGCUGGUGCUAUUAUUGGCCUUGGCAAUGUAUGGAGAUUUCCAUAUCUUUGUUACAAAAAUGGUGGGGGUGUAUUCUUCAUCCCUUACAUCUUGUUCCUUGUGACCUGUGGAAUUCCUCUGUUUGUACUGGAAACGGCACUCGGCCAGUACACCAGCCAGGGGGGCAUCGUGUGCUGGAGAAAGAUCUGCCCAUUGUUUGAAGGGAUGGGAUACGCCAGCCAAAUUAUCAUUUUUUACGCAAGUUUCAGCUACACUGUGAUUUUAGCCUGGGCGUUUUUCUACCUCUUCUCUUCCUUCUCUGGAGAGUUGCCAUGGGCCACUUGCAAUAAUGCAUGGAAUACAGAUCGUUGUGUGGAAAUAAACAACUAUAAUAUCACUGCUAACUGGACCUACCCUGUGAAUGCAUCAUCAUCAUCUGUUAUAGAGUUUUGGCAGCGACGAGUCUUAAAUAUAUCCAGUGGCAUAGAGUCCUUGGGAAACUUACGGUGGGAUCUCUCUUUGUGCCUUCUUCUAUCCUGGGUCAUCUGCUACUUUUGUAUCUGGAGGGGAGUGAGAUCCACAGGAAAGGCUUCCUACAUCACAGCAACAUUUCCUUUCCUCUUGCUGAUGGUGCUGUUUGUCAGAGGAAUUACUCUCCCUGGUGCCUUGCAUGGGAUCAAGUACUAUCUGUACCCCAAUCCUGCACGGCUCGCUGACCCACAGGUCUGGACUGAUGCUGGCACACAAAUAUUUUUUUCCUAUGCAUUAUGCUUGGGUUUUCUCACUACGUUUGGAAGCUACAACAAGUACAACAACAACUGUUACAGAGACUCCUUCUAUCUCUGCUUGUUGAACAGUGGGACCAGCUUCAUAUCUGGAUUUGCCAUUUUCUCAAUUUUGGGCUACAUGUCACAAAAACAGGGUGUCGACAUUUCUACUGUUGCUGAGUCAGGUCCUGGCCUUGUCUUCAUAGUCUACCCACAAGCUGUGACUCUUCUGCCUUGGCCUCAGGUCUGGUCUGUGUGCUUCUUCCUGAUGAUCAUCUUAUUAGGGAUAGACAGUCAGUUUACUGGGGUGGAAAGCGUCAUGACCUCUUUAACAGACGUCUGCCCUUCCCAGCUCCGAAAAGGAUACCGUAGAGAACUUUAUCUGUUGAUGAUCUGUGCUGUCUGCUAUACGUUGGGGCUGCUAUCAGUGACAGAAGCUGGUGCAUACAUUCUUCAGAUCUUUGAUCACUAUGUAUGCAGUGGUCCCACUCUUCUUCUGAUGGCAAUUUUGGAGUCUCUGAUUGUUGGAUGGAUUUAUGGAGCUGGACGCUUCAGUGACAACAUUGAAGAUAUGAUUGGUUACAAACCUUUGCCACUAUUCAAGUACUGCUGGCUGUAUAUCACGCCUUUAAUUUCCAUGGGAACCUUUGUGUUUUUGCUUGUGAGGUACACCCCAAUGAAAUUCAACAACACUUAUGUGUAUCCUUGGUGGGCUUACUGCAUUGGCUGGUUCCUGGCUACGUCAUCCUUGUCCAUGAUACCACUCAACAUGAUCUUUAUACUGGCCAAGGGAAAAGGCACUCUGUGGCAGCGUCUUAAGGCAAGCAUCCAGGCUGCAGAUGACCUUCCAAUGGUGGCAAAGGAAAUGGCAAGCAUCCGCGAUUCAACGGCAUGACCGUCAUAAUGAAAACCACUGCUAUAUUCAGUGAUAUGCCUAUCUUUAGAAAUAGCUUUUUUAUUUGAAAGGUAUAUUGGGAGGGUUUUAUGUCUAUAUAUGCAUGCAAACUAGAGGUUAGUAUUUACUUAAUGUUUCUUUUAAGGUAAGAUGAUUUGUCUGAGCACAGUAGAUGUCUAGAGUAAGAGUUCUUUAAAGCAAAGACAAAGUAGAAUCACAACCACUUUCAUCAGUUUGAAUUUGAAAGAAAGCCAAGUCUGCAAGGUUUUGCCCAAUCAUUAAACAUACUUGAAGCUUAAAGCAGCGCAAAGGAACUGUAGCAAUUAAAAGCUCAGAACCUGCGCCUAUUCUCCCAAAGGCAGAAACUUAAAAUAACUAAGCAUAAGUCGCAGAAAGAAGAAUGAAGCAGAAGCUACUGACCAGGAAGAUCUGCCUCAAACUUUAGUUUUACUCAAAACACUACUCAGCAAAGGUACUUUACAAUAUUGGUCAGGGUAUACAAAACACGGCUUUUUUUAAUUGAUGAAAUGGACAUUGUUUGCUCUGGACUAACUAUGAAAAGGAUCAUAGCCUACAGAGUGUUAUUAGAAACAGGUCUAGGAUUUUUCACGGGGUCAUUCAUCCAUUUUUCAAGACAAUACUAAACCACAUUUUGCACAAAGGCAUGACUCAAAAAGAAGAGGAAGCUGAUCAGACUGGCUCCAAUGCAGAUCCACCUGCUCCCAAUAGAGUUUUGUAUGAAUUUUGUGAGAAAGAGUGGUUACAUUACAAACCAA